AUGCAUAGUCAAACGUCGGCGGAUGCGUAUCGCGAGUUCUCGAUUUACCAGAGUAUGGGUAGCGGGAUCUACGACGCAUUAGAAGGGGAAACAGAAAUGAACGGGGUUGAAAACGGUGGAAUGAUUGAAGAGGUGGACGGAGAGGAAGAUAAUGGUAUUGUAUCGGAAGUUAGUGAUAUAGAAGGUAGCACAUAUUGUAAUGGGAUCAAGGAAGAAGCGACACCUUAUCCUUCUUGGUGUAUCCAGAACGGAGCACCAAUUAACAAGGACGAGAUCUGGCAGAUAUUUUUGACGCUUGGAAAUAUGUUUGGGUUCCAGAGUGAUAGUCAGAGUAAUAUAUAUGACCUUUUUAUGACGCUGCUUGACUCGAGGUCUAGUAGAAUGUCAUGCAAGUUGGCACUACUAUCGUUGCAUGCCGAUUAUAUUGGAGGCGAACACUCGAACUAUAAGAAGUGGUAUUUUGCAGCGCAUUUUGAGUUGGAUGAAAAUGUUAAAGUGAAUGAAAAGCAAUGGAGAUGGUUUAAGGAUUUUGCAAAAUUCAAGUCAAAACUGAAUACCCCUUAUAACCUCAAUGACAUACAAGACACAAGUUGCUUAUUGGCUAUGGAGUACAACUGGCGGCUUAGGAUGAAAAAUUAUACCGAUGAAGACUAUAUCUAUCAGAUUGCCUUAUAUCUACUCAUAUGGGGGGAAGCAAAUAACUUACGGUUUAUGCCCGAAUGUAUUUGUUUUAUCUACAAGUGUGCCUUUGAUUAUUUUGAAUCAGCGGAAUUGGACACCAAGGCCAACGAGUUUGAAUUUCUUGAUACUGUUGUUACUCCCAUUUAUUCAUACAUAAGAAAUCAACAGUAUGAACUAGUGAACAAUGUGUGGAAAAAAUCAGAAAAGGAUCACAGUGAUAUUAUAGGAUAUGAUGACGUGAAUCAGUUCUUUUGGUACCGAGGUAAUCUCGAAAAGAUAAUGCUAUUGGACAAAUCUUUGUUAUACGAGUACCCCCGAAACCAAAGAUAUACCAAGUUUAAAUCUAUCAAAUGGAAGAAAUUGUUUUACAAAACAUACAGUGAACGCAGAACUUGGCUCCAUUUGUUCACAAAUUUUAGCAGAGUGUGGGUCAUCCAUGUCACCAUGUUUUGGUACUAUACAUGCUUUAAUUCUCCAACAAUCUACACCAAGAAUUAUGUUCAACUUCUCGAUAACAAACCAGCUCCCCAAGUUCAAUGGUCGGCAGUAGCUUUAGGUGGGACAGUUGCUUGUUUACUUACUAUAUUGGCAACCUUGAUCGAGUGGUUGUUUGUUCCUAGGAAAUGGCCUGGGGCUCAACACUUGUUUUUCAAGUUAGUGCUCCUUGUUUUAAUAACUAUCAUCAAUGCAGGUCCCUCAGUUUACAUCUUCUUGUUUCUACCGAUUGAUAAAUAUUCAAAAAUAGGUCAUAUUGUUGGGAUAAUACAGUUUGUUAUAUCUAUUAUCACGUUUCUUUAUUUUGCAAUUGAGUCCCCCAAUAGGCUUUUCAAUUUCUUUUUAAAGAAAAACUCAAAUAUUAUCAAGACCGAAAUUUUCACAUCAUCAUUUCCUAAAUUACAUUUGAGGAAUCAGAUCUAUUCUUAUCUACUAUGGGUUUGUGUAUUCCUUGCAAAAUUUUCAGAAUCAUACUUCUUUCUUACAUUAUCUUUGAGAGACCCAAUUCGGGUUCUUUCUAUAAUGGAAAUGACAAGAUGCAAAGGAGACAUUUUUCUUGGUAAUUUACUUUGCAAACAACAAGCUAGGUUCACCUUAAUAUUGCUAUAUGUCACAGACUUGGUUUUGUUUUUCCUAGAUACGUAUCUAUGGUACAUCAUUUGCAAUUGCAUAUUUUCAAUCGGACUUUCAUUUUCAUUGGGUAUUUCAAUCUUCACGCCAUGGAGGAAUAUCUUUUCAAGAUUACCUGAAAGAAUCUUUAGCAAGAUUAUAUAUUUAAAUGGAACUUCGAAAAUUGAUUCUGCAUUAUUAAUCUCACAAAUCUGGAAUAGUAUUGUUCUUUCAAUGUAUCGAGAACAUUUGCUUUCUAUUGAUCAAGUUAAUAAAUUAGUUUAUCAACAAAUUAAUGUAUCAAAUGAGGAAAGUAUGGACAAGACAUAUCUAAGGUCUCCUUUGUUCUUUAUAUUGCAGGAUGAUAAUUCAUUAAAUUUACAUGAUUUUUUCACUGCUAGUAAAGAAGCUGAAAGGAGAAUUUCAUUCUUCGCCCAAUCUUUAUCUAGUCCAUUACCAGAACCGUUUCCUAUUUUAGCAAUUCCAGCAUUUACAGUUUUAAUUCCUCAUUAUUCUGAGAAAAUUAUCCUAAGCUUGAGGGAAAUCAUUAAAGAAGAUAAGCAUUCAAAAGUUUCGUUGCUUGAAUAUUUGAAACUGUUGCAUUCGACUGAUUGGGAAUUAUUUGUUGAAGACACGAAAAUCCUAUCUUUAGUUUCUUCGCAGCCAUUGGAUUUAGGCGAAGCAGAUUUUCCAAGCGAACAACUGCUAAAUCAUAAACAUGAAUCAGAUCUUGUGAAUAAUCAAAUUAGCGACUUGCCAUAUUAUUGUGUUGGAUUUAAGGACUCUUCUCCUGAAUAUACAUUAAGAACAAGAAUAUGGUCGUCAUUAAGAUGUCAAACCUUAUUUAGAACCAUAUCUGGUUUCAUGAAUUACGAAAAGGCUAUCAAGCUAUUAUACAAACUUGAAAAUUACGAUUUGGAUUCAAAUAGUUAUUUUGAUGUUGAUACAGAACUUAAUGAAUUUGUGCAAAGAAAGUUCAAGUUGUUAAUUUCGAUGCAAAGGUUUCAAAAGUUUCAUGAAAAUGAACUUAAUGAUGCUGAGUUAUUAUUUGGUAUCUAUCCUCAAAUUCAAAUCUCUUAUUUGGAAGAAGAAGUUAACGGCGACCAGACAACUUAUUACUCAACAUUACUUAAUGUAUCUGAAAAGGAUUCUUAUGGCAACUAUAAAAAGAAAUACCGAGUUAAACUAUCGGGAAAUCCAAUAUUAGGCGAUGGGAAGUCUGACAACCAAAAUAACUGUAUCAUUUUUUAUCGAGGUGAAUAUAUCCAAGUCAUCGAUGCAAACCAAGAUAAUUAUCUUGAAGAAUGCCUUAAAAUUAAGUCAGUAUUAGCUGAAUUUGAAGAAAUAGACAUGGAUCCUUCGUCUGAAUAUGUUCCAGGAAUCUUUCUGGAAAAUCUCAAAGAUCCAGUAGCAAUUUUGGGUGCUAGGGAAUAUAUAUUUUCAGAAAAUAUAGGAGUGCUAGGCGAUAUUGCAGCUGGGAAGGAGCAAACAUUUGGUACAUUAUUUGCUCGUACUUUAGCUGAAAUCGGUGGGAAAUUGCAUUACGGGCACCCUGACUUUUUGAACGGGAUAUUCAUGACAACUAGAGGUGGAGUCUCUAAAGCCCAAAAAGGGUUACAUUUAAAUGAGGAUAUAUAUGCUGGUAUGACAGCUGUCUGUCGUGGAGGUAGAAUUAAACAUUGCGAUUACUAUCAAUGUGGGAAAGGUCGAGAUCUUGGUUUCGGUACUAUAUUGAACUUUACUACAAAAAUAGGAGCUGGUAUGGGGGAACAAAUAUUGUCUCGUGAAUAUUAUUACCUAGGUACUCAGCUUCCAAUUGAUAGAUUCUUGUCUUUCUAUUAUGCCCACGCUGGAUUUCAUAUUAACAAUCUUUUCAUUAUGUUAUCGGUACACUUGUUUAUGUUGGUUUUAGUUAACCUUGGAUCUUUAAAACAUGAAUCAGUGGUUUGUAUGUACGAUCUGAAUAUUCCAUUUACUGAUUUACAGGUGCCGUUGGGAUGUUAUAAUUUGCAACCCGUUUUAAAUUGGGUAUCGAGAUUUGUUCUUUCUGUAUUCAUCUGCUUUUUCAUUUCAUUUAUACCGUUAAUUUUUCAGGAAUUGAUUGAAAAAGGGUUUAUUAAAGCAAUUUAUAGAAUAUUUCAUCAUUUUGUUUCGUUGGCACCAUUUUUUGAAGUUUUUGUGUGUCAGAUUUAUGCAAAGUCGUUGAAAGACAAUAUAACAUUUGGAGGGGCUAAAUAUGUUGCUACUGGGAGAGGUUUUGCUACUUCUCGAAUAUCGUUUAAUACAUUAUACAGUAGAUAUGCUUCAACAUCAAUUUAUUCAGGAUCAACGGUAUUUUUGAUUGUUAUAUUUGCAUCCUUAUCCAUGUGGCAACCUUCGUUGCUAUGGUUUUGCAUAACUUUUGUUUCUAUGUGCCUUGCACCUUUUAUCUUUAAUCCUCAUCAAUUUUCCUGGGGUGAUUUUUUCAUUGAUUACAGAGAAUUUUUAAGAUGGCUUUCAAGGGGUAACUCUAGCUGGCAUAGAAAUUCAUGGAUUGGUUUUAUAAGGUCUCAUAGAGCCAAAUAUACAGGUUAUAAAAAAAAUGCUCUAGGAGAAGUUGGCCAAAGAAUAAACGAUGCAUCAAGAAGGCCUUCAAGAUGGAAUAGUUUCAUUGACCAAAUUGUCAUACCAUUAAUUUGCAUUGUUUGCUACUUGGUUCCUUAUAUGUUCAUUAACGCGCAAAAUGGUGUUUCCAACCCUAGUCGGGUGAACCCAUUAUUCAGGAUCAUUAUACUAUGCUUUAUUCCAAUAAUCUUUAGUAUUUUGAUAACUUUACUUUUGUUUGUUUUUUCGUGCACUUUGGGACCUAUUCUAUCAUGCUGCUGUACAAGGGUGCCAAGCUUCAUCGCUAGCUUUGCUCAUUUGAUGUCGGUGUUAAUAAACCUAGUUAAUUUUGAAGUAUUCUUGUAUCUAGAAGGGCUAAAUUUUACGAGAACUUUAUGUGGGUUUAUUUGUAUGAUUGCAAUUCAAAAGACAAUAUUACAAUUCACAAUGUCAAUUUGUCUAUCCCGUGAAUUAAAAGAUGAUUAUAGUAACCGGGCGUGGUGGUCAGGGAAAUGGAUAACUAGUGGAUUAGGUUGGCUUGUCAUAACUCAACCCUUACGUGAGUUUAUUGUUAAAAUAUGUGAAAUGAAUCUAUAUGCCUACGAUUUUAUUUUAGCACAUUGUCUCCUAUUUGUCAUGGGCCCCGUAUUAUUAAUUCCUUUUAUAGAUAAAUGGCAUUCAAGUAUGCUAUUCUGGUUCAAACCUACAAAGCAAUUCAGAGAACCUAUCCUAUCCAAAAGGCAACGAAGGAAACGAAAGCUAAAAAUUUUAAAAUAUAGCUUCCUAUUCUUCACAUUAAUGCUUUGUUUUAUUGCAUUGAUCUUGGCGCCAGUCCUCGCCGAAAGCUAUAUACCCAACUUUAGAAGACAACUACCUUCAUUUAUUGCAGAGAUUAUUCAGCCCAACCAUCAAAAUAAUAAUGAUACUGGCGAUAACGCUCCUAGAACUGUCCUAAGAGCCAAACCAAAUCAAUGA